AGCACCGAGGGAACCGAAAUGUAAAAAGGUGGAAAAAGGAAAAUCCACCGAGCUUGCACAAUUUUAAAAGCGCGGACUUGGCGUUGGGCGUGGCCUUCUCUCAAUCCAAAGCCAGACGAAGAAGAAGACGAAGGAAAGGAAGCUCCGGAAGAAUUUUCACCAGCAACUGAAAAUUAAGAAACAAAAAUGCCGUUCUGGCAGACGGCCGGAAAUGCGACCACAUCAUCCUCGUCUUCUUCUUCCUCUGCCACGAACUCGUCUUCCACAUCUUCCAGCUCCAUGAACAGCACCGCCCACCAGAACAGAGCCGGCGGCGAUCCGAAUCAAAACCACGGCGAGCUUCCCGGAGAAGAGAGAACACCACCGACGGUCUCUGCUGCUACUGCCGUUUCGCUCGUCGCCAAGUCGUUGCUGCCUACCCGAAGGAGGCUCAAGCUUGAUCCUGCCUCCAAGCUCUACUUCCCUUAUGAACCGGGGAAGCAGGCAAAGAGUGCAAUUGGCAUUAAAAACAUUUGCAAGUCCCAUAUUGCUUUCAAGUUCCAGACAACUGCACCUAAGAGCUGUUACAUGCGUCCUCCAGGAGCGAUUCUUGCCCCUGGUGAGAGCCUUAUUGCAACCGUGUUCAAGUUUGUGGAGCCUCCAGAGAACAAUAUUGAGAGGCAACUCGAUUUGAAAAACAAGGUCAAGUUCAAGAUCAUGAGCCUGAAGGUUAAAGGAGAGAUGGAAUAUGUACCAGAGUUGGUACGCAACAUUUGUCAAUCUAUGUUUUGCAGUUUCUCUUCAUCCAUGGACGUUAAGACUAAAAUUAUCUGUUCAAUUACCGUUACGAAGUUUGAUGACAUGAAAAAUCAAGCAGCGGUGGAGCAAAUAUUGCGGGUUGUUUUUCUUGACCCUGAAAGUACAAACCCUGUAAGUAAUCCCAAAAUGAAAAGAUCAACCUGCUCUCUCAACAUAGAAAGAAUGCAACUUUCUGAAUCUGAAGACAUUGAUACUUUAUUGGUUUACAAAUCUAAGGCACUACAAAAGCUCAAGAGACAACUUGCUGAAGCUGAAGCUGAGCUCGAGAACCGGAAGAAGCCUGCAGAGGAACCGGCCCCUCGGCCUACUGGUGAAGGACUCAUCAUAGAUGAAUGGAAAGAGAGGAGGGAGAGAUACCUAGCCCAGCAACAGGUUGAAGUUGGUCCAGUGUAGAAGUAACUGUUUCUUCUCAUUCUUUUGUUAUUGUUGAGGGAAUCAAAGAGAGAAUCAUGUUGACAGAAGUGAGGUGUGAAGUAGCAUUAAGGCGUUAUCAUAUUGCUUUUGCUUAAUGAUGCGGCAACAGAAUCUGAUUUUGAUCAGUUCAAUGUUUGUCAAUUAUGAGUACAUGUUAAUAAUUGUGAACCCUAGCACUAUUAUAUAAUCAAUCAGUGGUUAUCCUAAUCGAAU